AUGGCUCCCCGGCUGAACGUCGUUCGCCAAAUCCUGGAAACGCAAAUGCUUUCCCAGCUUGACCUCGUCCACGACGCUAAGGCGGUGAAAUCCUUGGCCUCCUCCAAGUCCGGCCCUUCUCUUCAUAAGAUCACCGAUAACACUAAGCCUUACGAGACGGAGAUUGUGCACCUGAUCGGAAGUGAGCAGUCUCCGUGGGUGGCAGCUGUUCUUCGAAACACUGCUACUACCAAAACUGGGACGUUUAUUUCGUCAUCUACUGUAGACUCUUAA